AGCGCAUGCGCAAUUCAUUUCGAAAAUGGCGGCCGUACAAGGUGGUAUGGUGGACUCGUACGAAGAGAAAGACAUAAAAACAGAGCCACCAAACGACGGCGGCGGGAAUAAUAAUGCAAACGACGGCAGACUUCUCUCUCCGUCCCCCGGCUCCAGUGCUUCUUCGGCUGGGAGUAAUAAAAGUGUGGCGGGAGCCCCGGAGGACCAGCAGACGCUGCUGGCAGUACUACAGUUCCUCAGGAAGAACAAACUCACUGAGUCCGUCGAGAUAUUGCGCCGUGAAGCGGGAUUACCGGAGGACUCACUGGACCUGAAGGGGGGAGACUCAUCCGGUGCAGGCUCGGGUGGUGCUGCGGGCGGUGUGGACCUGGAAAGCGGGGAUGCGAGCGCUCUUCUCAGCAGGGUGACCGUCUCAUCCUCCGCUGCAGCUCAGGCGCCAACCAAAGCUCCUGGUGAAGAUCAGCCAGACGUCAACGUGGUGCUGUCAGCAUACAGCCAGCAGGGAGACCCGGCUUUAUACGGGGUUUACUACAGCGGCCUGAAGAAGUUCAUAGAAUCUGUUUUGGACUGUCACCGAGCAGAGCUGUCCCAGGUCUUCUACCCACUGUUUGUGCACAUGUAUCUGGAGCUGGUGUACAACAAUCACGAGAAUGAGGCCAAGGUGUUCUUUGAAAAGUUCAGUGGGGAUCAAGAGUGCUACUACGAGGAUGACUUGCGUAUUUUGUCCAGCCUGACCAAGAAGGAGCACAUGAGAGGCAAUGAGACCCUCCUGGACUUCCGCACCAGCAAGUUUGUGCUGCGUAUCUCACGUGACUCUUACCAGCUGCUCAAGAGGCACCUGCAGGAGCGUCAGAACAACCAGAUCUGGAAUAUCAUCCAGGAGCACCUCUACAUUGACAUCUUUGAUGGCAUGCCACGCAGCAAGAGCCAGAUUGACGCCAUGUCUGGCAGCUUGGCUGGAGAGGCCAAGCGAGAGGCCAAUAAGGCUAAGGUUUACUAUGGACUGCUGAAGGAACCAGAAAUUGAGCUUCCUCUCGAUGAUGAGGACGAGGAGGCUGAGAACGAGGAGGGGAAACCCAAGAAGAAGAAACCCAAGAAGGACAGCAUGGGCUCCAAGAGCAAGAAGCAGGACCCGAAUGCACCUUCACAGACGAGGAUACCUCUUCCUGAACUAAAAGAUUCAGACAAAUUGGACAAGAUCAUGUACAUGAAGGAGGCCACCAAGCGGAUCCGCCUGGGACCAGAUAACCUCCCCUCCAUCUGCUUCUACUCUUUUCUCAAUGCUUACCAGGGUCUGACUGCAGUGGACUUCACAGAUGACUCCAGCCUGAUUGCGGGAGGCUUUGCUGACUCCACGGUACGGGUGUGGAGCGUCACGCCGAAAAAGCUCCGCAAGGUCAAGUCUGCAGCAGACUUGAAUCUGAUUGACAAAGAGUCAGACGAUGUGCUGGAGAGGAUCAUGGAUGAGAAGACGGCCAGCGAGUCAAAGAUCCUCUAUGGGCACAGUGGACCAGUGUAUGGCAUCAGCUUCAGUCCUGACAGAAACUAUUUGUUGUCAAGUUCUGAAGAUGGUACAAUCAGGCUGUGGAGUCUCCAAACAUUUACCUGUCUAGUGGGCUACAAAGGGCAUAACUACCCAGUGUGGGACACCCAGUUUUCUCCCCAUGGGUACUAUUUUAUCUCUGGAGGACAUGACAGAGUUGCUCGUCUGUGGGCAACAGAUCACUACCAGCCUCUGCGAAUGUUUUCCGGUCACCUAGCUGAUGUCACUUGCACCCGCUUCCACCCCAACUCCAAUUACGUCGCCACAGGGUCGUCUGAUCGCACCAUCCGCCUCUGGGAUGUCCUGACUGGAAACUGCGUCCGCAUCUUCACCGGUCACAAGGGUCCCAUCCAUGCGCUGGCUUUCUCUCCCAAUGGGAAGUUCUUGGCUUCAGGAGCCACUGAUGGCAGAGUUCUUCUGUGGGACAUCGGCCAUGGACUUAUGAUUGGAGAACUUAAAGGCCACACAGACAGCAUCUACUCCCUCAAGUUCAGCAGAGAUGGAGAGAUCCUCGCCUCCGGCUCCAUGGACAACACGGUGCGUCUGUGGGAUUCUUUGAAAGCAUUUGAUGAUUUAGAGACUGAUGAUUUCACAGCAGCUACAGGGCACAUCCAUCUACAAGAUAACUCGCAGGAGCUUCUGCUAGGCACCUACAUGUCGAAAUCCACGCCCGUCGUACACCUUCACUUCACCCGCAGGAACCUGCUACUGGCCGCUGGGUCCUACAAUCCAUGAGACUUUAUUAAAUUAUGAGAAAAUUAUCUAUAGAGACUUGAAAUGAAGCAAACUUGUGGUCCCUAAGCUCAGCAAGUAACUAAAUAGGUUUUGGGUGCAGCGGGAAUACAACAAAACUGUAUUAGCAGAUCAUCUUUGGUGCGAAUGAAGAUGAAAACAAACACCUCCUGUUCUGAUUGUUGCAGAUAUCCACAUGCCUGAGAAAGUGCCAUUGCUGAUUGAGGACUGUUUUUUUUGUUUUGUGUUUUUUUUUUUUUAAAUCACUGCCAUGAGUACAGCUUUGUUCAACAUGUGGCUCAUUUUCCUGUAUAAUAGCCUUUUAUACUGGUCUACACUGUAAAUAAAACAAACAUUUUCUAUAUUUUGGGGCAUGUUCUUUAUUGUUAACAUAGGGAAACCAAACAAUUAUAUUUUAUUACAAGCAUGUCCAGCUGCUUCCUCCACUCCAGUUGUCAAACGACGGUCAGAAUGGACACC